AUCACUGAUUCUACUAAUAUUUACAAUCAUUUCAUGUCCAAGCCUAAUGUCCUCCAGUGUCUCAAUAAACACGUAGCUAAUCUUGAUAGUUUAAAGGUUGAUCUCAGUGGAGUCUGGUCAGGAGGAGACCUUCCUCUUACAUUACUCACAAAGGCUCAACUCUCAGCUGCAGUCGCCACUCAAAUGAACUAUUUAACCAGCAAAGAAGGUGAGUUUACUAUGAAGCCAGUCAGUCUGUAGGUUGUGUCUGAUUUGUCCACUUCCUCUGGUCGACAAAUGAUCUUGAAUGUAUUGAAAUUUAUGGAGACUAAAGAUACAGUUCGUGUUGGUAUUAUUGAUAAUCCCUCCUCCUCCUCUCUCUCUCUUAUCCAUCAACUAUCAGUCUCCAUUAUACAAUCACAGAGACCUUCAGUAGCCAUACAAUCACUCACUCUUCUAUUAUCACUGGAGGAUGGGCAGGGCUUAGAAAAUGAAGAGGAGCUUGUUGGUCUUUUUAAAGACAUAGAGAAAUUUAAAAUGGCUGCCUUUGAGAAGAGAAUGAAAGAGUUGGCGUCUUCAAGUGUUUUUGAGUAUCAGAGAGAGUUUCUGAAGAGGGUACUCCAAUUAGAGCCCAGGGCAUCAGCCAUACUGAGCAAUGGGAGGUUGAUUGGUCCUUUGGGUCCUAAGGAGUCAUUCAUUUUUGAUGAUUUGGAAGCUCUUUAUAAUUUUGAGAUCAGUUCCCAUGCUCAGACUAUAUCAAAUGCUAUUGAUUCAGUUGAUUUGAUUCUACCUGAUCCUGAUUCUGAUACCACUGAAUAUCGUAGUGAUCUGGUCAUGAGAUUAGCCUCAUUGUUACGGAGUCAGACUAAAGCAAGACGAUUAGAACUGGAUGGUUUUAAGAAAGAACACAGUGUUCUUCUGUUCCUCCUCUCUCCUCUGGUCCUGUUAUUCAUAUUCUCCUGAUAUUAGAUCCUCUCUCUCCUUCCUCUCAGAAGCUGUCCCCACUCUUAGGGAACCUCAAGGACCUCCUUCCAUUGAAUAUCACUGUUCUCUUUGUAAUGAAGUGACUGGACAUCAUUGUUUACAUUGUGUGUGUACUGUAUAUACUGUGAACCUAAUGCGCAUGCUCAGUAUGCAUGUGGUGAUUCAAUGAAUGUAUGGCUCUCUCCUCUCGUUUCACUUGUUUGUUGUAUUAAUAUGAUCUUCAUUACAU